AUGGAACUGACAAACUUGUAUCAAUAUAGUGCAUCGUCAGAGGGCCGUAUCCGAGUAAAGUCUAACCCAAGUCAUGGGUUGGUGGCCGAAGGGGCAGUGCAGGGACAGCCUGUAACACUCGACCAAAUGAACAAAUUGCUGGACAAACUUAGUGACAACUUGUAUCAAAGACUGAGUACCGAUAUUGCUGCGUGUAAGGAGUUGCUGGAGACGAACACGCAAGAAAUAAGCAAGCAACGGGAGCAGAUUUCAAACCUACUUGAAGAAAACUCCAGGUUAAAAGCCAAAUUAAGGGAAACUGAGCUGAACCAGGACGAGCUUGAACAGUACAGCCGUAAAAAUACCGUUGAAAUUUUUGGCGUGCCGGAGUUCGAAAACGAAGAUAUUGCUGAACGUAUUAUUGGAAUUGCGGAGGCUCUCAACGUUAAGUUGGACGCCACAUCGAUUGACGCGUGUCAUAGGCUGCCAAAGCGGAAAAAUCAAGCGACUCCUGCCAUAGUGGUGCGUUUGGUGCGGCGUGGAGAUACGGAAGCGUUGCUGAGAAACAGGCGGGCCUGCAAGUCAUUCACGACCAACGACAUCAAUGUUCAGGGAAACAAUCCGAUCUACCUGAACAAAUCUCUAACGGCGAAAAGAAGGAAGAUAUUCGCAAACGCUAAAUUGAUGCUUGGAGAUAAUGAUGCGCGUCGAGUGUGGAUUGAUCAUGCCGGUAGAGUCAAGUUGCGGAGUGUAGACGGUAAGGUGGUUAAAAUUCUAAGAGAUGAGGAGGAUUUGAGUUACAUUGAGAGUAGUGGGACAGUAAUUAACAAAUAG